AAAAAGAAGAAAUUGCAAAAAGAAAAAUAAUUCAUUAGUUUUAGAUUUAUAUAUUUUAGAAAAAAGGUCAGAAAUUAAAGAGAAAAGAAGACCUUGGAAAAAAUAAAUUCAACAAAGUUUAAUUGUCGAAAUUAUUACAGACAGUAAAAAAAUGGUCGAAUGAGUUAAUUCCAUAUCUCGGAAGAUUUUCAAAAAAAUUCUUUUUUUCUUCUACAUUGUUGCAAAAAAAAGAGAGAUCUAAACUAGACAUGUUGAGUCACGUUAAAAUAAAGCUAUCUUAAUCAAAUAAGAUGCCAAUUAAUGUAUAUUUCACGAAUAAAAAAGAGAAGAAUUGAUAAGAUUCUAAUACACGAGGCUUAAAGUAAUAAUCCCCAAAGUGUUAUUACUUAAUAAUUUAAAGAAUUUUUCACUUUAUUAAUUCUUCUACAUUCUAAAUUUCCAAAUCUUUUAAUUAGACCUAUUUAAUUCUCAUUUUUAAUUUAUCUGGCAAAAAGAAUAAAGAAAGAAAAAAAAAAUUGUCCGCCUUCGAGAAAGAUGAAAGAAAAAACUUCUAAUACGUAUAUGACAUAAAUUGUUGCGCGGUAAUUCUUGACAGUCGCAAGUGAAAUGUAGAAGAAAGAAGUCGCGAAUUAGAUUUAAGAAUAAUUUUAAAUUUUAUUUCAAGUUUCUUGUGUUAAUUUUUCAUUCAAUUAAUACGAAUUUUGUGCCAGUGUUGAUUUCAACUCAAAGUGAACAAGUCAGAAAAAAAACUGAGUAAACUCAGAAAAAAGAAUCUGACAAAAAUUAAUUUAAUUAAAGGAAAGAUUUUUAAAAAAAGAAUUAAUUUUUUGCCAAAAAAAGUUUUUAAUUAAACUCUUUUUUAUUUUUUGUUAAUUAAUAUUUAGAAAGUUCUUUUUUGAAUUCAUCAUUAAACUAAAAUGUCAACGACACCAUUGAGACAAUUUUCUUUUGACGAAAGAGACAUAAGAAGGCGAAUGCAAUGUCGGAAGUUGGAGUUCAAGGUGCCAUUGAGACUAAUUCGUUUAUGUGUCCUUGGCACAUUUCUUCCGGCAAUUUUGGUGGCGGGUCCCAUUUAUCUCAGAUAUCGAGUUUAUUCCGUUCAAUUAUAUCCUCUAACAAUUUCUGAUCAAAGAUUAAUCGAUGGGAAAAUCUCCACUACGUGGUGCCAGAGACAAGUGGUCAGAGUGAAUACAACGUUUAAUGCCUACUUGAUGAGCAACGAGCCAAAUAUUAAAGGGGACCUAGUUCCAGUCUCGAUGACAAGACAUUUAGUUUUGGAAGAUGAUAUGAAAGAAUAUUGGGGAUUUUACCUUUUACGAGGUUCAAGUGUUACUGUUUCUACUUGUGUAAGAUGGCCUGGAGCUUCACUAACAAUUGUAAGAGGCCAUAAACAUUUACACGAAUGUACAUUUAUUGGCGAUGACAGUAGCGAGGAAUUGGAAGAAUUACUUCAAGUUGCAGAGGAAAAAGGAUUGUUAAAAGUAAACGGAACAAUUCAGAACAAUGAAAGUCCAAGUAAUGCACCCGAUAAAAUGACAAAAGUUCAUAAAGACGUGAAAUUCCAUCAUCACAAUUCUAAGGCGCCACAUAAAAAUCGAACAUUCAGCUCAAAUGAUUUUAAUCCAUCGAGUCAUGAAUUAGAUGCAAAUGCAAUGAAAAAUAUUUUGGCACUAUUAAUGAAAAAAACCAAUGAAAUGAAGAAUAAACAAAAGAAAAAUGCCUAUCAUAUAUACGAGGGUGUUUAUCGUGAAAGUGAUAAUAUCGAUAAACCACCGUCAUUGGAGAAGGAAUUCGAUCCAAGGGAUCUUUUCGAUCUUCUCGAUCAAAAACGACAAUCACUUGAAACAAAUCAAAAUGAAAAAUUACCAAAAACUAAAAUUGAUGCAAAUUCAAAAAUCCCCAAUGAUGCGCAAUUGAAUAUUUCAAAUGAUACAUUAAAUCAGAAGAUUAUCAAUGAUACCUUAAAUCAAAAGAUCAUCAAUGAUACCUUAAAUCAAAAAAUCGUUAAUAAUACAGUAAAAUUAAAAAAUUUAAAUACUGACGAUUUAGUAAAGGAGAAAAAAAUUUCAACUUCCCUUUCGAGAGAAAAGGAAGUAAAAAAUGACGAAACUCCGAGAAUUAAUGUUGAAAAUAAAUCGAAGAAUUUAGAGAGUAGUGAGAAUGAUCCAAGUUCAGCUGAAGUUUUUGGCGAAGUUAUGAAAAAAAUUGUCUCCCAAGGCGAGAGAGGAAAGAAACUUUUUCAGCAAUUAUUGAGUGAAAUUGAUGAUGAAAAACUUAAGCAAAGACUAAUGAUUAAAUUGACGAGUGCAGCAAAAAUUGAAGAGGAGAAGAAGAGAAGAAAACGAGACUUUAUUCUAUCAUCACCACUUCAAGAUGAAUUGAGCCGCGAUGACGAGGACGAGGAUGCUGCCAUUGAAGAGGAUUUAUUAACGCCUGAUGGAAUUGCUGAUGACAGAGGAACAGUUAACGAAACCACAUUGAAUGAUAGAAGCAAUUCUGAAUUUUGGAGUUCAUUUAGUAGUUCCGAGGAGAGACUCUUGGAAUGCAAAGGAUUAAUAUUAAAUUUGCCCCUAACACCACAUCGAAUGUGUACGCCACAUCAUGAAAAUGAACACAAUGCGGCUUCAAUUGCCAACACUGUUACCUACAGGGUGCCGGCGAAUGGCUAUUAUUUUUUCGUUUUUAAUUCGGAAAAUGAGGUGCAAACAAAUUAUUUGAGGAUAAAAUUUGAUCUUCUUAAAACUGCGUACAACACAUCGAAUCCAGUGCAUGCCUGUGAAAAUAUAACCAGCGAAUGUUCAUUGCCAUUCAAUUUUUUUAGCAGCGAACGAACAGUUUUAGAAUUACCAGUGAGGGGCAAUGAUUCACAAUGGAAUGAGGAAUUCGUUGUCACAUCAACUUGCGAGCCAAGAACUUCGAUCUAUAUUUUCUGCGUAAUCGCCGUUCCAUUAUUAAUUCUUUUAUUUGCAUUUCAUUAACAGAAAGCAAAUUUCAAUAUUUUAAUCAUUUAAUUUCUAUUUUCAUUCAAAUUUAAUUUCCAUUUCAAUUCAAUUUCAAUUCAAUUUCACUUUAA